GAAGUGUUUAUUUCCUUCUUGAGAAUUAAUACAUUCCUUUUAUUUUUCAGAAAUAUGUUUUUCACUAUGUCACAGGCACUUGGGAAUGUCCAGAGUGCGUCAGUGUUGUGGAAGCUUGGGGUUUUGUGUGUGCUUUGUCUGGGUUGGUUGUCUUAGUUUCAGUGAGCCUGGUAUUCGUGAGACAAAGGUCAGGAGUUCCAUUUAGCUUUAGUCUGAAUGAUGGCCCGGGAGUACACCUCUUGCUCCCACCAGCUGUCUUGGAAAUUCCUCAGUUGUCAUUGGUCACAAAGGUGACUGGAUGACAGUGGAUCUUUAUAUCACUGGCAGAAUGUAGAGGAAACUUAGCCUUGGAACUUGACAGACCUGUGUUAAACUACUACUACUUUUUUUUUUUUUAAUUCAUUUAUAAAUACAGUAAGACUAAAGGACAGUUUUCUUAAACACAUAGAACUAACUUAAAUCAAGAUUGAGUGAUCUGGGACUAUUUCCUGUAUGUUUUGCCUCAAUUACAAUCUAUAGGAAUCAGAAGUUGUGGGAAUACGCAGGCUCAGACUCAAGGCCCAGCUUCUCCAGCAUUGUGAAAAGGGAUUCUACAGCAAGGCUCAGAGCGCUAUGCUCCCCUGGGCUACUUGAACAGAGCCUAGGGGAAAGUGACCUCCUGGAAUGGCCAUUAAGAAGUAGAUGCCCAGAUGAAAUGGUGAUGAAACAGUCCAUUUGUCUUAAAGUAAGAUGCAGCUGUGGCUUUUCAACCAGUUUAGAACAAAGGUAUAUGUGUUUUUCUCAGAAAAGAAUUCCACAAGGUUAAAUCAGGAAACAAAGAAGACAUGGUAUUUUGAAAUAUGAUUAAACUCCUGAUGCAGCAGCAGAGGAUAAGAAUAUUAAUGGCCAGAUCUAGUGCUCACAUGGUCUUCUGAAGAAGCCAUGGGUAGCUGUUGUAGCUGUCCAGAUAAAGACACUGUCCCAGAUAACCAUCGGAACAAGUUUAAGGUCAUUAAUGUGGAUGAUGAUGGGAAUGAGUUAGGUUCUGGCAUAAUGGAACUUACAGAUACAGAACUGAUUUUAUAUACCCGCAAACGUGACUCAGUAAAAUGGCACUACCUCUGCCUGCGACGCUAUGGCUAUGACUCAAAUCUCUUUUCUUUUGAAAGUGGUCGAAGGUGUCAAACUGGACAAGGAAUCUUUGCCUUUAAAUGUGCCCGUGCAGAAGAAUUAUUUAACAUGUUGCAAGAGAUUAUGCAAAAUAAUAGUAUAAAUGUGGUAGAAGAGCCAGUUGUAGAAAGAAAUAAUCAUCAGACAGAAUUGGAAGUCCCUAGAACACCUCGAACACCUACAACUCCAGGCUUUGCUGCUCAGAACUUACCCAAUGGAUAUCCCCGAUAUCCCUCCUUUGGAGAUGCUUCAUCCCAUCCUUCAAGCAGACAUCCCUCUGUGGGAAGUGCUCGCCUACCUUCAGUUGGUGAAGAAUCUACACAUCCUCUGCUUGUGGCUGAGGAACAAGUACAUACCUAUGUCAACACUACAGGUGUGCAAGAAGAGCGGAAAAACCGCGCAAGUGUUCAUAUCCCAUUGGAGGCGAGGGUUUCCAGUGCUGAAAGCAACACACCAAAAGAAGAACCAAGUAGUAUUGAAGACAGGGAUCCUCAGAUUCUUCUUGAGCCUGAAGGAGUCAAGUUUGUUUUAGGACCUACCCCUGUUCAGAAGCAAUUAAUGGAAAAAGAGAAACUGGAGCAACUUGGGAGAGAGCAAGUUAGCGGAAGUGGUGCAAAUAACACAGAAUGGGACACUGGCUAUGAUAGUGAUGAACGAAGAGAUGCACCUUCUGUUAACAAACUGGUGUAUGAAAACAUAAAUGGGCUAUCUAUCCCUAGUGCCUCAGGGGUCAGGAGAGGUCGUCUGACAUCCACCAGUACCUCAGAUACCCAGAAUAUCAACAACUCAGCUCAGAGAAGAACUGCGUUAUUAAACUAUGAAAAUUUACCAUCUUUGCCUCCUGUUUGGGAAGCUCGCAAACUAAGUAGGGAUGAAGAUGACACUUUAGGACCAAAGACCCCAUCUCUAAAUGGCUACCAUAAUAAUCUAGAUCCAAUGCAUAACUAUGUAAAUACAGAGAAUGUAACAGUGCCAGCAAGUGCUCACAAAAUAGACUAUUCAAGGCGUCGGGACUGUACACCGACAGUCUUUAACUUUGAUAUCAGACGCCCAAGUUUAGAACACAGGCAGCUCAAUUAUAUACAAGUUGACUUGGAAGGCGGCAGUGACUCUGACAACCCUCAGACUCCCAAAACACCUACCACUCCCCUUCCACAAACCCCUACCAGGCGCACAGAGCUGUAUGCUGUGAUAGACAUCGAGAGAACUGCUGCUAUGUCAAAUUUGCAGAAAGCACUGCCACGAGACGAUGGUACAUCUAGGAAAACUAGACAUAAUAGUACUGAUCUGCCCAUGUGAGCCUGGAAAGCAUUACAUUGUUUGCACCUUUGUGAAGUUUUUAAAAAUGAAGAUGCAAGUGCUUCAUUUUCACUUCUACACUAACUCCUUUUAUAGACUGAAUAUUUCAUGUGCAUCUUUGACUAAAGGGAAUUAAUGUAGAGCAGGUACUCCUUAAAGAACACUAAUUUCGUUAUAUACUACUCAUUAUUGUACAGCGCAUUUCCAUUUUCACAGUGCCUAUUUAAAAUGAGAGUUGAAGUGAAUGACAUGCUGGUUGAUUUUUAUUCAAUAUUCUGUACUUACACAUAUCUUUCAUGUCUAAGUCAUGGUUGGCAUUUCAGACAUUUUCUAAAGCCUCUUGGUAAUGUGCAUUGCUAACAGAUAACUCUAGGCUUUGAAAGUAGUAUUUGUAGAUUCACUGUUCACAGUAUGUGGUCUCCAGCAUGUAACAUGAGGAAUCCUCUAUUUCAUUAAAUAAAGGCUUUUUGACUUGAGCCAAAACACAUGUAAAGAAAAUAGAUGAACCACACCUCCUUUUAUACCAGUCAGCUCCUUUGCCUUCAGUGUUACUAGAAAGUGUCCUACGUUGUGAAUAUAGUUUGUUAUUGAAAUGUUGAAAGGCAGGCAGGAGAUAAGAUUGUUUACUCAUCUCAUGAUGUCAUUUGAAGGGCAUGUCCAGAUAUCUUACUCAGAAUUACAGUAGGCUUAGGAAUCAGUCUCAGGUCACUUUACCCAAAAACAUUUAAAACUCUAAACCGUGAUCUCUUGAAGUUUCUCUCCUAUAGGUUAUUGACAGCAUGUUGUUUUCGGGAGGCAUUUGUGCCAUUAGGUUCCCCUUUACCUUCAGUUUUUUUUCUUUGGUGUUUGGG